AAAUCACUGACAAUCUGUUCGGGAUUGACAGAUGUGGUAACAUUAGCUUAAAGUUGAUAUGCACAGGCUUACCCUUCAUCUCAGCCUGUAUUGUUGCGUUUUUAACAGCAGCCUGUCGCUUCAUUUGCCGACCUUCACGUGUUUUGGGGGAGUUUCCAUAUCUCCGAUAGCACCUCAAGGCGACAUAUUCGAAAAAGCCCCGGACUGCUUCCGCCUCCUCCUCGCCUCCUCCUCUCCUCCUCCUCCUCCUCUCCUCCUCCUGCCGUCGCGUUCAGCUGGCAGUGUAUCACCUGCGCUCCUCACUGAGAGACGGACUUUGGUGUGUUUCGGACUUUCCCCUCGUCCAUAUUCGCAGUGCUCAGACGGACCGGAGCUGCUCACCGGAGGUUUCCGCUGACCGUCACCGCUACUUUCCAAGGAUGGACUCGGCUUCUUUCCUGUUGCUGGCUCUCGUGAGCGCCGGGACGCUUUUCCAAGUGUGGGGUACAGACAGUGUGACUGCCUUGUAUGGAGAGACCAUUACUAUACCAUGCAACGAUGGAGCUCUGGCACCGGAGGAUCUGAUGUUCAUUAAGUGGAAAUACGAAAAAGACGACGGCACUCCCGGCGAUCUGCUGAUCAAACAGGCGCGCAGCGAGCAGGCCACAGUGCAGGCCACAGACAGCUACGCCCAGCGGGUCAGCAUCGAUGACAAGUUCAGCCUGCUCAUCACUCAGGCCUCGCUCACAGACCAAAAGACUUUCACCUGCAUGGUGGUGUCAGACGCCAACCUCAUGGAGUACCCCGUGUCUGUCCUUGUGUACAAGAAACCGUCCUCAAUUCAGAUUAUGGACAAGUCUGAAGCACUGCAGAAGGACAAACCCACAACGCUGGGAACAUGUGUUGCGGCAGAUGCAAACCCUGCAGCUACCAUCACAUGGAAGAAGAAUGGAAAGCCCUUGGUAGCUGAUGGGAAAGCCAUUGUGAUCACCCCCAGCAUGAAGGUGGAUCCAGCCACAGGCCUAUCCACCACCUCCUCCACCCUUCAGUACACAGCCACCAAGGAGGACAUCGGUGCAGUCUUUGCUUGUUCGUCCACACAUGAACUGAGCAAUCAGGAGACUGACCUGGAACCCUUUCCCAUUCAUUAUCCAUCGGAGAAGGUUAGCCUCCAAAUUAUGCCCAAAGUGCCUAUCGUGGAAGGCGAUAACGUGACGCUGAAGUGUCACGCUGACGGCAACCCUCCACCCAGCUCCUACUUCUUCCACGUCAAGGGCCAGAAAAUGCUGGUGGAAAAUUCGGACACCUACACUUUGACUGCCAUCAGCAGAGAGGCUGCGGGUGAAUACAAAUGCUCCCUGGCUGACAACGAGAAAAUGGAGGCCUCUCAAAACCUGGUUGUUAGCUACCUGGACCUGAGUCUGAGUCCCACUGGGAAGGUUGUGAAGACAGUGGGGGACACCUUGGCCCUGAAGAUGGAGAAGGUCGCCCCGGGUGACGUUAAAGUGUUGUGGACGAAGAAUGGAAAGAUGGUGAAGGAGCCGGAGUUUAGCCAGCUGACCUACGCUGAUGCAGGAGUCUAUGUGUGUGAGGCCUCCACGGCUGCCCUCACACGGCGUCAGAGCUUCGAACUGGUCGUAGAAGGAAAGCCUGUGAUCACCAGCCUAUCCAAACACCGAGCUGAUGACGCUAAACACAAAGUUCUGACCUGUGAGGCUGAUGGAGUACCGGAGCCUAGCUUCCAAUGGAGCGUCAACAGCACAAACGAGGAGAGCUCGUACAUCAACGGCAAGGCCACACAUAAGAUCACCGUGGUCCCUAAGGUGAACUUGACUGUGACCUGCACUGUCAGCAACAGGCUGGGAGAAGAUGUCAUGACCAUCAACGUUUCCUCUGUUUUUAAGGAAGAAAAUGGGGAAAAAGGCUCUCAGGAGGACUCAGAGGACCAGGCGAAGCUCAUAGUGGGUGUGGUGGCGGGCCUCCUCAUAGCUGCUGCCGUGGUGGGACUCAUCUACUGGCUCUACAUGAAGAAUUCGAGACAAGGAAGCUGGAAAACCGGUGAGAAGGAGGUGGGAACAUCUGAGGAGAGCAAGAAGCUAGAGGAGAACAAUCACACAGUUUAAAGGCGCUCAGGCUGUACUACAUGGGAUGAAAGAGCAGUUGAAAGCAGCCUUGCAUCAUUAAAAAUACAGACUCCCAGUGGGCUGCUGACGCGCUCCAUCAGGCUCCACAUAAGCAGCAACACUCACAGUAAUUUUCCACCAAGUCCAGCCAACAGCCUGCUGUCCCACCUCACUGUUUGAAGUCUGCACUGAGGCUGCCUCGUGUUACUGUGUCAUUUUGGUUUUUUGUGUUCCUGGUGAAUGCUCCCUGUUAUGUUUUGUUCGAGCGAUUCCGUGAGGCUGUGUGGUGGGUUUUUUUUUUUUUUUUUGUUGCCGCUUAGUUUUUUCCUUUAGGAUUUUUGUUGUUGUUUUGUUUGUUCUCGAAUUUCUUCAAAGAAUGUAAAUUCCGUGUACACUUUUUAAGGCCUGUAUAACGAAUCAUGAUUAUGCGUGUGGCCUGGCUGAGCAUGCCAACGCUUGUUUUGAUUUUUACUUUUUUGUGCGCUGUGUGUGGAAAAGCCUUUGUUUGGCUGUGCUCGAAGAAAUAGACACUUCACUGCUGUAUAACGCCACUGAAACUGUCCUCAAACUUUUCAGAAGAUAACCUCAGCAUACCUUAACCUCCUGAUUUAUGUUCUCUGGUUUUUAAACACUGGCAAAUGGAUUGUCUGAGUAUGUAGUUGAUGCCCACGACGGUAGAGUACUAACUGUAAUAAUAUGUCAUAAUGUUAAGUAAGAAAGUGGAUGUACUGCGAAUGGUUUCUAUACAUGCAGUUGUAUUAAUUGUGACCCCAAAAAACAGACUUACUGUGUUUUAAAUUGCGUUUGUGUAAAUUGGACAUCAGAAAAUGGAGAAUUAUGACACAGUCAACCACUAAUUUGUUGUUUUUGUAAAUGACUUUUUGUUAGUCUCAAGAGGGACUUUUUAAUUCCUUUAUGUUGCAAAUAAUUUUAGCUGAGAAGGCAAAAAGAAGUGAAAAGGCAAGACGUGGUCGGACCAAUGCAAAAUUGUGUUCUGACACAACAGCUAGUUCACGCUGAGAUGAGUUUGUUCACCUGUACUUUACUUUAAUACACUACAUUGUCGUCCUCACGUCUGCUCCACAGCUCCAUCCUCUCACGGUUAGGGCCAUGGCUUUGGAGUAGAUUUAAUAUUUGCUGUUUUCAUUUUGGAAGAGCUUUGCUGAUGCCAGGUCUGAAAUCUGUUUUUUGUGUUUUUGAUGUAUUUAUAUUCUGUGUGCAACCUACGUGGAUGGCGAUGCUGUACCAUGCAAGAUAAAUCUUUUUUAAGCCUGCGUGGAAGGCAUCAAGUUUUGAAAAGGUACUGUAUGGUAGGAGAGUUACAUGACAGUGAAUAAGGCCAUACAGUAUCUGAUUCUCUGCUGUAUUAUUAUUGUUAUCGUUAUUUUUAGCUAAGUGGUGUGAAGGAUAACGCAAACUGAAGACAGCGGAUGAGACUGGCAGAUUAGAUGAGGUGCAUACAAUGGUGGCUUUCUGGAUUUACAUCAUUUUGCUCUGGUUCAUCUCGUAAUGCACCACCCCAGUGACCUACCAAAGAGAAAUGGUAAAUGGACUGCAUUCAUAUAGCACUUUUCUAGUCUACCGACAACUCGAAGUGCUUUACACCACAUGACACAUUCACCAAAUUCACACACACACACACACACCAAUUUGGGUUCAGUAUCUUGCCCAAGGAUACUUAAACAUGCAGAGUUGGGGAUGGAGAGAAAUCAUAAGCCUUGUUAACAUUUAUAGAUCAGUAAAUAGUUUACGUAGUACACAGUGGUUCAGUUCACAACAUGCAAACUUCCUGAAUACAUUAAUGUAUUUAUGACUCAUGUCGUUCUGAUAAAUAACCAAAACCAAACACCAGUGUUUCACCUCAGCCAAACAUCUGUUAAUAUUUCGGAGAAUACCAGUGGAUUAUGACUAUUGCCAAUGGUCAGAUUUAUAAUAAAUUUGAGUCUUCAUCUGGCAAACACCUCCUUGUGAUAAUUAAAGAUGUGGAAAUGGCUUUGAAGCUACAUGACUUGGAAGCAGUAGGUCAGCAUUCUGAAGCACCUAGUUCAUUGUUUCCUCAUGCCUUUUGUUCCUUUUCAAAUAAUCAGGUCAGCAGUGAAACCAAAGAGGGCGAGAUGAGAAGGCCAUAGUAGUGUUGUAAAUACAGAUUUUUGUUUUUGUACUGUUGUUGACAAUAAAGUGUACAUUUUGAA